AUGUAAAGAAGUGAAAAGACGCUGAUUGUCAUGUUAAAUUGUAAACAGUAGAUGACAAAUGUAAAAAAAUUACUAAACAUAACAACGGUUAAUGUGCAGAAUUCAGAACUCAGAUGAUAUUAAUAUUCGACAAUUACUCUUAAAUAACGUAGAAGAAUAAUGGCGGAAACUUUUUCUAAGAGUACUAUUGAUCAAAUAAGUGAAAAUUUAAAAAAAUUAAUUCAACAGGAAGCUUUAGCUGUAGAGGCAGAAGACACACUAACAAAAGAAACAUUAUUAUUACUACAAAUAUCUCUUAAUAAAUUGCCACAAAAAAGUAAAACAAUACUUGAGUCAGUGGCUAAGAAACUGAUUGAAUUUAGACUAAGAUCACUGGACAGAGCUUCAAUAACAUUACUGCACUCCAAGGAGCUCACUGAUAAACUGCAUGAUGAUUAUGAGAUUCUAAAACUAAAGCAAAAGAAUGAGGAACUGCAAAUGAAGAUAAAUCAAAAUGAGAAGUUCAUUGAUGGGUUGCGGCAAGAGUUGGAGACUUCUAAAAAGUCUCUGGCGAAUGGAGACCCAAACCCUAAAAAUAUAAAUGAACAUAUACGACAGAUCAAGUUGAGGUUGGCAACAUAUGAAGAAUGCUAUGAGAAAACAAGUAAUAAAUAUGCAAGUCUUGGUGUUCCUGAUUCUAUUAUGCCCCAGUCACUGAUGUCUGCAUUCACAACACUGGCAACCCUGCGACACGAAGCUGCUGAGUUGAAGCUGAGAGCUGAUGAUGUUUUACUUGUUAGAGAUGCUAAAGCAAAUCUUAGAAUUAUAAAAUAAUUGUCGCCGUAGAUGGAUUUGUGAUGCUAUAUGUGUAAGACCAUAUAAACUCAUUAUUAUUGUAAGGUAAUGCCAUAAAUUACAUGUGUUUUUAUUAUAUAUCCACUUAAACAUGUUUAGUAUGAUGGAAGCUGCACAGUUAGGUAUGUAAGAACAUCUAAAUAUAUUGUUUCCUACUA